GUUGAAUAAAGAAUUAAUAAUUUUCUGUGAAUAAAUUAAUAAAAUAUAAUAUUUCAAAGAACUGUUACUACUAGGAAAUUUAACGGUUUAUGGAGUAGUCUUCAGUUAUUCGGCCAGCCAAAAUGCCUGGUCACGAAGCCCCUUGCGUGGAACUCGGCAGCGCCCCGCAGACACCGAGCAUCGGACCGUCGCCGUCGCCUUCAGAAAUUUCAAGUACAAGUACUCCCGAGCCACAGAAUGUGCGACCGACGCCUUUAUUUAGGGCGCUGGCUAUGCCUCCACCGGAGCCCGAGCAGCCACCGGGGCAGGAUGACUUGGAGCGCCGUCUGCCCGGCUACAGGCGUAUCGUGAUCCCGCGGGAUCUAACGCUCAUUGAGCUGUUGAAACAAUCGAGCGGCGCGCAGAGCGACGAGGAGGUUCUCCGCAUGCGUGAGGCCAAGUUGCGCGUGAUCGCGGAGCAGGUGGGGCUGCGGCGGCUGCCGGUGCUGGCGCCGCGGCUGCGCGAGCUCACGCUGGACGGGAGCGCCGUCGCGACGCUGCGCGACCUUGGCAUCGGACUUGCAAGGUUAAAGAUCCUGAGCGUCAACCGCUGCGGCCUGACGAGCCUCGACGGGGUGUGGGGCCUGGGCGCCUUGCACGAGCUCCACGCGGCCGGCAACCGGCUGCGCGACAUUCAGCUCCUGGCCGGCCUUCAGAAACUGCAUACCUUGAACUUGGCCAAUAACCCGAUAGCAGAGUCAUGUCGGCUCUGGACUUUGGGCGUGUGUGACUCCCUGCGCAAUUUGACGCUGCGAGGCACCCCGUUUGCGGACACGGAGGACUACCGCGUGAGGGUCGAGACUGCUCUUCCCAAACUGCAGAAUCUAGACGAUCGCCCUUUGCGUGAAGACGAAGACGAUGGUCUCGAAGAAGAGUUGAACCCCACGUUAAGCUCGGAGUCGGAGAGCGAGUGCGAAGACACCACGGCCACCUCCAUGACGCUUGACGUGUCGCUGGAGCCGCAGCCUGGACCAUCUAACUCACAACUUGAGGCUGCUGAACUAGGUAUAUAUGUUGGUACAGACGAGGAGUGGCGCAGCAGUGGCAGCAAACUCACUUCGCAGCACCCAGUGUGCGGCAACAUAGCCAGGGCCCUGCGGCGCCCGCAGUCGGCUCAGAAGAAGCUUUUGGAAGAAGAAGAAAAGCUGUUAGUGAGCGAAAGCCUUGAAAACGCGAUGCGCGCUGUUGCGAAGGAGAUACCCCGCGCUCCUUGCGUGGAGGAUUGGGCUCAGUUCAGGAAACUUACAGGCAUCAACAUCAACAUCGACUUUGAAACCCGGCCACAAGGGGACGCUAGCACCGCACUAGAUCGUCUCGAGAAAAUUGAAAGGGAGACGUUGGAACGACUGGAAGAAGAGGCAUUGAACAGUACAAAUAUACCAACAUCGUCAGGGAGGCUGGUCAUGGACAUGCGACCUCCAACUCCUCCAAGCGACUGUGAUGUGUGGAGCGGCUCGGGUGACUCGAUCCGGGAGCCGCGAGGCCCCAGGCCAGAUCCGAGGCUCGAAGUCGACGUGCUGUUCAAAAAUAUUGUAGAUUUGGGGUAUUGAAUCGCAACACGGAUAAAAUUAAACAUUGUCUAGAGAAAUAAUUGAGUUUCGAACAACUUUCGUUUUUGCACGGUUUGAAUAGCGAAUGACGCGUAUGAUCAUGAUCUAAGGUUUUGUUGCGUGACAUGCCUAACGUUAUAACAGUAAAGUGAAUAUAUUAGUGAAUUGUAAUAACGAAUUCUAAAGGUCAAUUUUCUUGACGCUUUCGUAGCUAAGACGUAACAUUCUUGUUAGAUACUUGAGACAAGUAUGUUUGAUCGGAGGUUCGAAUUAGAUGAACAAAAACACUUUGUGAAGAAAAUGGGCCAACCUCAUUUAUGGCUAAAUAGCAGUCAGUUUAAAAUACUUAACAACUUUUAGGGCAAGUAGAUGGUUUAUUAAGGGCCGUCUUUUUACUAUUAGUAUCUAGUAGAAAUAGUCAGGUCGUAUGUGGAAACAGAGUCAAACCAAGCUAAGUUGACAGCUAUUAUAUUAUAUGACUGUGCAAGUGUUAUUUUAAACUUGAAAUGUCUAUGAAAAUUGCUGCAAACUUAGCAUUAUUUGACUAUAGUCUGAAUAGAAAGUGUUCUAAUGAGAUCUUUAGAAUCCUAAUGACCGCAGAUUAAACUUAGGUUUUUGUUUUUGAUGUCUUAUUUUUUGAUCAUUGUUGUUGUGAAUGUUUGAGAUGAAU